UCCCUUUACAGUCAGUUUCGUUCUUCUGUGUUGCAGGAGAUGUGACACUUCCUGAAAGUGCUGUACAAUGUGUCAGCGCCGUGUAUGUGUGAUCGUGCGUUCGGAUCGUAGGGCACUGCACCGACUGUAAUGUAAAGACUUCCCCAAGCCCAGCUCGACCAGAUCCGGGAGGUUUGUUGAGCAAUACAACUUUGAUGGCUUCCGAAGAAAGCUGUGGUGUCAGAUCAAGUGUGCUCAUUCGCCAAGAUAGCUCCAGCACAUCACUCUCUCUAGGGUUUGACCCUUAUCAAGCUGGAUUAAAUCUUCAGUUUGUUGAACCAUUAGAAGAUAGGUACAAAUGUGUCACUUGUUCAUUCGUUCUUUGCAAUCCUUACCAGACUGGAUGUGGACAUCGAUUUUGUGAAAAUUGCAUUGCAGAAUUAUUAGAGACUAAACCUAUUGCUGUUUGCCCCAUUGAUCAUGAAAAAAUUAUUGAAAAUUGGAUAUUUAGAGAUAAUUGCUGCAAGAGGGAAGUUUGGAAUUUGAUGGUUUACUGUAAAAAUGCACCAGACUGUAACGUAAAAGAAUCAUUUGGACGUUUAGGGGAUCACCUUAAGAAAUGCCAGUUUGAAACUGCAGCAUGCAUAAAUGGUUGUGAUGCUAUCUUGCAAAGAAAAGAUUUAACUGGACAUUUGCAAACAGUGUGUGAAUAUAGAGAAGAAGCCUGCCAAUAUUGCAAAGUGAAACUGAUCUUUAAAAACAUUAAGGAGCAUGAAGGCAUUGCAUGUCCAAAAUAUCCUAUUCAAUGUACAUACAAUUGUGGUGAAAGUUUCUUAAGAAGUGAGCUUGACACACACCUGACGAAAUGUCCAGAAGCUGAAGUGGAAUGUAGUUACAAAAAAUAUGGUUGCCAUGUCAGGGAAAAGCGGAGGAUGGUAAAGGAACAUGAACAUUCUUAUUUAAAUGAACAUUUGUUGCUUGUUGUUACAAACAAUACAAGAUUAGAAGAACAGAUUUUAGACCUAAAACUAACUUUAUGCAGAAGAAAUCAAGCCAUCACUCAAUUAGAAGAGCAAAUCAGCAAACUUGACAUUGAGAUUAAACAAUUAAGUGGGCACGUUUCUAAAAAUGAUGAUGAAGUUGCAAAAACACAGAAAAUGCUGGCUGGGCAUGCUGACAAAAUCAUAACCAUUGAGCAGCAGUCACAACAACUUUGCAGAAGAUUAGAUCAAGAAGGAAAAAAUGAAAUCUCAGAGCUGAAGGAAAUCAUUAAUGUUUUGAAGGAAAAAGUGGAACGUACUGAAAAUAACAUGGCGUCACUAGUCACUUUUGAGCCCUGUCUGAAGCAACAUGAAUUAUUGCUAAGUGCUCAUAAGAAACUUCUGGAAAAGAAUAAUGAAAGAUUUCAAGUUUUAGAAGCCACUGGCUACAAUGGCAAACUGAUUUGGAAGAUCUGCAAUUAUAAAACGAGAAAGCAGGAAGCAGCAGAGGGACGCACUCCUUCACUUUUUAGCCAGCCCUUUUACACUAGCCGCUGUGGAUAUAGGUUGUGUGCUAGAGCAUAUUUAAAUGGAGAUGGAACAGGUAAAGGGACGCACCUAUCUUUGUUUUUUGUGGUUAUGAAAGGUGAUUAUGAUUCUCUGUUGUUGUGGCCGUUCAAGCAGAAGGUCAGCCUCGUACUGCUUGACCAGGGUCCAAAGAAGAAUCACAUUGUAGAGCUCUUUAAGGCUGAUGCCAGCAGCACAAGCUUUCAAAGACCAAUUUCAGAAAUGAAUAUCGCAUCUGGGUGUCCAAGGUUUGUGUCUCAUACUGUACUUGAAGGUGGGAAAACUGCAACUUUUAUCAAAGAUGAUACAUUGUUCAUCAAAGUCAUUGUAGAUUUAUCUGAUCUUGAAGACCCAUAAAAGCAUUUCCAAAAAAUGAUAACUAUUUAUGUAAUUUAGGGAAGAAAUUUGCACAUGAAUUAAAGGAAUGAAUCUACAUUGCUCAACAUUGAGAAAUUGUCAGCGAUUGUAAUCAGAGGUAUAUAUUUGUAUUUUGUCAAUAUUUCUAUUUUUAUAUUAAACACAGUUAUCUUAUUCA